AUGGAAAUCAUACACAAAGACGACGAAAAGGACAACAUCAACAAGGAUCUACCACAAUAUAACGAAAGCUGGAAGACUGUAACUCCCAGAAAAGAAAGAAAAAUAAACACAAACACAAACGAUAGGAGGACCACAGAAACAGAAAGACAACAAUGGCUACAAGAAAUUCCUAGACAAAACUCCUUCAGCUCACUGACAGAAGAGAUGGACACAGACCCUACAGAAAAACCAAGAACACACACUCCCAAGCCACCACCAAUCUACAUAGACGCUAAAAUAAUAGACCCCCUCAUUGAUCUGCUAAACAGCACGAGACGAAAAGAAAACUACACUAUCAAACAGCUCAAACUGGAUCAGGUGAAAGUACAGACUAAUACCUCAGAAACCUACAGGAAAGUAACAAAAGCGCUAAAGGGAAAAAACGCUGGGUAUCACACUUAUCAACCCAAAUCCGACAAAAGCUACAAAGCAGUAAUCAGAGGUCUACACCCUAAAACAAAUACAAACAAAAUAUGCAAGAAAUUGGCCAAGAUCGGACAUCAGGUAGGAACGAUAAACAAUAUAACCAGAUUUGACACUAAGCAACCACUACCGCUAUUCCUAAUAGAGCUAGAACCUAAAAUUGAGCCACCCAGACAUAAAAAAGACAUACCACAAUGCUUGCGGUGUCAACAAUAUGGACACACAAAAAACUACUGCAACAGAAACCCGGCGUGGGUCAAAUGCGCAGGAAAGCACCUAACAGUAAACUGCCCACACCCGGGGAAAAUAAAUGACGUAAAAUGUCACAAUUGCGGUGGAAAUCACCCAGCCGGCUACAAAGGCUGCGUAGUCAGAAAACAACUACAAAGCAAACUUUUCCCGCCGAUUCGAAACAGGACACGCAACAAUUUCCACACGCAACAGGACAACACAGAAUCUAUGUCAACACCAAAUACACAGCAUGUAAUGAACAAUAACCACACUAACAUCAACACCGUUAGAAAUCGAAGCUACGCGCAAGUAGUCAACCGGUCGUCACCCUUAGACAGUCAAGAACAGAACAACCACAGCAACGGUACUACAGAAAUCAAAGACCAGGUCAGUAAGGAACAUAUACAAGCAACCACCGUUACUGUACAGACUAGCAGCAACCAUUUACAGUUGCCAGCAGUAUAUGUACCGCCGCGGCACAAAAUUACAUCGCAAAUGUGGGAAGAGUACUUUCGACACUUGGGUGACAAAAAACUUACGAUGAAGAAGCUGUAUCUGUGCCUUGUAUUGGAAUUAUGCGUACUGACCAUGUCGUAAAGAACUGCCUUGGAUACGUCGAUUCUUAAUUCCAUCUACCGUGGAUAUCGUAAUUGGUUAACGCAAUCCUACGGCACAAGAAAUGGCGAUCGAAUGUCUCAAUUACGAAAUAAAUAUAAAUUUCAAAAGGAAGUUCCAAUAGACGUCCCUUUUCCUUGCAAUGUAACAGCCGGCAGGUCUCCAAAAGUUCCCGAGUCGGUUCACCAUUUAAAACCAGGAGACAUAGAUGUUAUUGCCGCAAUGGGUGAUUCCGUGACAAUCGGCGCUGGAGUUACUUCGAUUUAUACGUUCGAAGUGAACAUUGAAAAUAGAGGCAUAGUGGGUAGUAUCGGCGGUCAAGGAACUUGGCGAGAGUACCUGACUCUCCCUAAUAUUCUUAAAGAAUUCAAUCCUAAAUUAAUAGGUUAUUCACUUGGAGACGCUAUAAGUACUGAUCCAGCUGCGCAGUUAAACGUCGCCGAAGCUGGAGCUAUGUCUAAAGAUAUGACUUUCAUGGCGACAUAUCUGGUCAAUAAAAUAAAAGUUGACCCGAGAGUAGAUAUAAACAAACAUUGGAAGUCGAUUUCGUUGAUGAUUGGAAGUAAUGAUUUUUGCUCUAAUAUGUGUGCAACUUCUUCUCCAUGGACUAUGUUAAAUGAUCACAAAAUAGAUUUAAUUCAUACUCUUAGAAUCUUAAGAGACAAUUUACCAAGAACUUUUGUUGCUCUUAUACCACCAUCUCACUUAAAGGAACUGGUUGCUGCACACCAAGGAAGAGAGUCAUUCCUGUGCUAUUUGGCAUCCAUGAUUGAAUGCUCAUGUAUGUUUGCUUUACAAUUUAGGGAUCGAAGACCGGAAUAUUAUAAAUUAAUUGAGAGGUGGCAAGAAAUUGACGAAGAAGUCGCUAAUUAUCCAGAAUUUCAUAGAAAUGACUUCACCGUAGUAAUUUUACCGACUCUGGAACAUGCAAAAAUACCUCUAGCCGAGGAUGGAUUUGCCGACUUCUCAUAUCUUAAUGCUGAUUGCUUUCAUUGGAGUCAAAAACUACAUGCACUAUAUGCGAAUAAUCUGUGGAACGAUUUGUUGGAACCAGUUGGUAACAAGAGUAGGUUUCUCACUUCGUUAUUUGAAAAAUUUCUGUGUCCUACUUCGGAAAGACCGUUCUUGAUGACGUAUGAAAAUUCACAGAACAAUGAAACUUAAGGAUGGUUAGAGAAGUUUAGAACAGUUUCUGUAAGUGGAAGAUGUAUUAUAAUCUUCGUAUUUGUCUAUUUAAAAAUGACAAAAAUUAUAAUCAGCAAAUGUUCCAAUAUAAGAACCAAUGUUGGAGCAAUAAUAAUAUUUAA